UUAUUUUGCAAAAAACACACUUUAAUUUUAAUAGCAGCAUCUUAAAACCGAGGAAUUUCCGCCUACUCUCUCCAUAUCGCCAUCACCGGAAACGCGCCUACUUGGCCGCCCUAACUCUCUCUCUCUCUCUUUCCUCAUCGUACGUUUCCCCUCUCUCUCUCUUUAAAUUGAAAAAAAUUGAAUCUUUUCUCUCAGAGAACCCACAAGAAAAGUUGGAGCCUUUCCUCAAAAUCUGGUUGGUUCGACUCGAAAAACUUGUUUCUGUGGACACACGUGAGCUGCCAUUAAUGCCCGUUUUUGUUUUCUUCUCCAAGGUGCGUUUCCUUUGCUUUAUCGGUUUUGGCAUUUUUAUUUUCUUUUGCUUCUGUUUUAUUUUUGCAUCAGAGCCCCAUUUCCUUCCUCCUUCCGUUUUUGCUUCUCUUCUUCACAUCAAAUCGUCUAAAUUUAAUUUUGGGGUGUAUUAGGGGAGUAGGGAGCUGCUGAUCAUCAGCUUAUUUUAUUGUUUCCGGGAGCUGAAGUGAAUCAGCAAAAAAUGUUCAAUUUUACUCGAGCAAGAAGCCAAGCGAGGCAAAACAGAUCUCUCUCUCUUGGAGGACUGGAUUACGCAGACCCCAAGAAGAAAAACAAUUACUUUGGAAAGUUUCUUUUGACCGCUUCUCUCACAGCCUUGUGCAUUUUCAUGCUCAAGCAAUCUCCAACCUUCAAUACUCCCAGUGUGUUUUCUAUACAUGAGCCAGGGGUUACUCAUGUCCUAGUCACUGGUGGUGCUGGGUAUAUUGGUUCACAUGCAGCUCUUAGGCUUCUUAAGGAAUCCUACCGAGUCACCAUUGUGGACAAUCUAUCACGUGGGAACCUCGGUGCAGUCAAGGUUUUGCAAGAACUGUUUCCGGAACCUGGAAGGCUUCAGUUUAUUUAUGCUGAUCUCGGAGAUGCAAAGGCUGUCAACAAGAUAUUCUCUGAGAACGCCUUUGACGCUGUCAUGCAUUUCGCUGCUGUUGCAUACGUUGGGGAAAGCACACAGUUCCCUCUUAAGUAUUAUCACAAUAUUACAUCGAACACUCUGGUGGUGUUAGAGACAAUGGCUGCUCAUGGAGUAAAGACUUUGAUAUAUUCAAGCACCUGUGCAACGUAUGGGGAGCCUGAUACUAUGCCAAUUACAGAGGUGACUCCUCAGGUGCCAAUCAAUCCAUAUGGUAAGGCUAAGAAGAUGGCAGAAGACAUCAUUUUGGAUUUCUCGAAAAACUCAAACAUGGCGGUUAUGAUCCUAAGAUAUUUCAAUGUGAUUGGGUCUGAUCCAGAGGGUAGAUUGGGUGAAGCACCAAGGCCUGAGCUGCGAGAGCAUGGAAGAAUCUCCGGUGCUUGCUUUGAUGCUGCACGUGGCAUCAUGCCUGGUCUCCAGAUCAAAGGAACAGACUACAAAACCUCCGAUGGAACUUGCGUACGGGACUACAUUGAUGUCACUGACUUGGUUGAUGCUCAUGUUAAAGCUCUCCAAAAAGCAAAACCUCGCAAAGUCGGAAUCUACAAUGUUGGUACCGGGAAAGGUAGCUCGGUGAAAGAGUUUGUUGAGGCGUGCAAGAAAGCCACUGGUGUCGAGAUCAAGAUCGAUUACUUGCCUAGACGCCCAGGUGAUUACGCUGAGGUUUAUAGUGACCCUAGCAAGAUCAGGAAAGAACUUAACUGGACGGCUAAGCACACUAAUCUCAAGGAGAGUCUUGAGACUGCUUGGAGAUGGCAGAAGCUGCACCGUAAUGGCUAUGGCUCAACCUCCUCAUCUGUCUCGGUUUACUGACUUUCUUCAUUCCUUUGCUGACGAAUGGAGAUUUUGAUGGUACACUGAGAGGCGUUAGGAGUGUGAUGGUCUAUAUGUUAAAAAUAUAAAAUAAAAAACAGAUUUUGAUUGAUUAGUGUCACGCUGAUAUUCAUUUUGUAAUGGCUUUAGGUUCUGGUAGGAAGCAGCCAUUCAUUAUAUUUUAUGUACUACCUUUCUCAUAAUGUUUAUUUAUUUAUUAGUCUUCAUAAUAUAUUAGCUUUUCAUUUUA